AUGACAAUGACUCAAGUCGUGACCGACUUUCUCCAGUACUUGGAAGACCCAGAUGUCGCUGUUGCCGUGGCUGUGAUCAAAGCUUUGACUCGCGUGAUUCUUCAUAGCGAGGCUACUACUAUGAUGCAGAUGGAGGGAGAAUUACAAGGUGCAGCACAGCAGUUACGCACCUUCCAAGCUGCGGACGACCAGACAUUGACCACACGUUUUCACAAUUCCAUUGCUACUACCGCCGGUUGCCAAUUGUUCUUACGAUAUGUAACACGUUGUUUUUUGGAAUUCGAUGACUUUGAUCUCUGUCGCUCGCAACUUAUUGACCGUGGAAAGUUAUUUGCCGAGACGUCACUCUCUAGUCGUCAGCGCAUUAGUGAUGUCGGUCAUAACUUCAUUCGCGACGGCAUGAAAGUGCUGACGCAUGGCAAGUCCCGCGUUGUAAUUGCGCUGCUUCGUGAAGCUGCAAAGUCAAAGAACUUUUCUGUGUUUGUAACAGAAGGAAAAAGCACAACAUCCGGAGUUGGUACAGCAAAAGAACUCGCACAAGCGGGUAUUCCUACGACAGUAAUUCUAGACUCGGCGGUUGCGUACUAUAUGGAACAAGUUGAUAUUGUGAUCGUUGGAGCAGAAGGUGUGGUUGAAAACGGCGGAAUCGUCAACUCGAUUGGCACAUAUUCGACUGCAGUGAUUGCACAAGCGCUGAAGAAACAAUUUUACGUGGCAGCAGAAAGCUACAAGUUUGCUCGUCUGUAUCCCUUGACACAGCGUGACCUCCCGCAGAAACACAUGGCUGCAAUAUCGGGUGGCGAACUCACUGACGUAACGAUUCAAAAUGUGUCUUUCCGACGAAUUGAUAAAGCUAUAUCAGUAAUUACUCAAAAAACAGACACAAUCAUGGACAGAUUUCUGUAG